AUGGAGUUGUCCUACGUUCCCAAGCGCUACCUUGUCACUUGCCUGGUGUAUUUGGGGAUCCUUUGCCAGUACUCCAUGAGGAGAAACCUGGACGUGGCUAUAGUGGCAAUGGUCAACACGACAGGUCCUGAGGAUGCCCAGACAUCGGAUGAGCAACAGCUAACGCCGGAGUUUGAUUGGUCGCAGACGAUGAUUGGUGUGCUGUUCGGAUGUUACUACUGUGGCUAUGUAAUGACGAAGCUGAUUGGAGGUUACCUGUUCGACCGUUAUCCCUCCAUACGUAUCCUGGAAGGUUCCAUCUUCUUCGGCGCUGUGAUCCACAUCCUCCAGCCGCCCGCCGCCAGGCUGCACGUGUCAGCAUUCAUCAUCUCACUCAUCAUGCAGGGCGUCGUGGAGAGCAUGACUAUACCAGCGGCCUAUGCUGUGAUGGGGGCCUGGGCUACGCGUACUGAAAACAACCAGAGGACGCCAUUCGUACUUACAGGUCAGUACAUUGGUAUGUUCAUCGGUACUUGCGCCACCGGAGUUAUCACAGAGAAGCUGGGAUGGGCCGCGUCCUUCUAUAUAUUUGGAAUGGUGGGUAUAGCGUGGGGCGUCAUCGCUGACGUGUCCAUCCGGGACUUUUCGUUAGAAAGACCCCCCAUGGAGCCGGAGGACAACAUCUUCUUACAUGGCGAUCGGUAUCAAGAUGGCGACAGCGUCAACGAAAGAACUAAGUUACCUCAGAUGCAGACAGCAGUGCACCGCCCACCGAUCCCGUGGUUGCGCAUGCUCACCUGCCCGGCAGUGCACGUGAUCGUGGUGUGCCAGGUGUUCCUGCAGUGUGGGACCCACCUCAUGACGACAUACGCACCGCUGUACUACGUACACAGCUUCCACGGCGACGUCAAAACUGUCGGAACGUCUGCCGGUGUCCCAGUGCUGAUCGUCGCGGUGUGUCUAUCUGUGGCCAGCAUUGUGGCGGAUUCCCGCUAUUGGAGGAGCACCAUGUCCACUGAACGCCUCAGAAAGACCGUCAACACCGUCGGAUUCUUUGGACUGGCCGCCUGUUCCAUAUCUCUGGCGGUAUCUACAGGGUUUGCAAGAUCGCUGACAAGUUUCUGUCUGAGUGCGGUGUUCGUAGCGACUGCCAUGGGUGGAGGAUUUCUAGUGAACCUCCUGGACAUCGCUCCAAUCUUCGCUGGUGAAAUUAAAGGAAUUUCUACUACAGUUUCUCAUCUGGCCGGUUCCAUUUUCCUCGUUGCUGUUGGCUUACUGACUAAAUACAAAACAAGGAACGAAUGGUCCAUCGUCUUCACAGUAACGGCUUGUGCCCUCAUCGUGGCCGCCAUCUUGUUUAUCAUCUUCGGGAGUGGGAACGAGCAGUCCUGGGCACGAGAGGAGCCCAAGGAGAAGAGAUUGACAUGUACAGCCCCUGCAGUACCGGAUAUUACGUCAGUCUUUACAAAGACCAUACUUCCUGUUCAAUAUCCACUGGAGGAAGACUACUCAAGAAAUUCUGACGAAGAAGAAGACUACUUUGAGGAGGAAGACACUGCAAUGGCUCAUAAUUUGGUGGAUGGAAAAUAUUCGAAGUCAUAUUGAAUUAUGGUUUUGUACUGUUAGGUAUGGUCUUGUUAAGUUUAAAAGCACAAAAACAUAAUGUAUAUUGUGUAUUUUGUAGUUUGCUAAGGAUUAGUAGAAUGGUUGGCAUCAAAUUAGUCCCUAAAUACACAACAAAUGACAGUAUUUCAUACUGCCUGGUUGUUGAGAGACAGUGAGAGAGGUAUUAAAGGCAACUCUAAAUAUGUUACAUGACAGACGUUUUCCUCAAUGAAUCCCACACUAGCUUGUUAUUCAAAUCCGACCCCUUAAAUUUAAUACUUUUGGUAGAUUGAAUUUUAUUAUAAAAAUUAGUCUUUCAGGUUCACCAACAACGUUUAGUUUAGUAGCAGACAAAGACUAUUUUCACGAAUACAUGCACCUUCCAAUUUU